AUGCCAGUCGCGGGCCCGCCGGCCAACCAGAGCACGGGCGCGCCCGUCCCGCCUGCCGGAACUAGCUCCCGCACCGGUCCCGUCUCCACCAACACCCCCCGCCCGCUACCACCGCCCUCCGCCCCUGCCCUCUCCUCCCCCGCCCCCACCUCGUACGUCGCGCUGGCGAGCACUAAGGCCGGUUUGAAGGCGUGGUGGAACCACUUCACGUUCGUCCAACGUGCGAAGAAGGAGGCGGAUGAGAAGUAUAAGGGGCACGCCACGGACAGCGGCAGUGCUGGGCGCGAGCACACCGUCUUCGGGAAACCCCUCAAGGAGAGCCUCAAGGCCGCGUCCGUGCAGAUCUCGACCGCAAAUUCGAACGGGGAGCUCUAUGUGUGGGGAUACAUCCCUGUCGUGGUCGCGAAGUGGUGCGUGGAAGGAACGUUCCGCGUAAAUGGGUCAAAUAAACGAAUGCGGGAUCUACAGGCUAUCUUUGAGCAUCCUCCACGAUACGGGAAGAACGUGGACUGGAAGAAGGAGCAGUUCACGACGCACGAUGUCGCCAGUGUCUUCCGACGAUACCUCACACAAAUGCCCGAAUCCGUGAUACCCCAUGACAUGUACCAUCUACCCCGCAAUGAGGAUGAGGUCAUCGCAACGUACAAACGCCUCAUCCGCUCCAUGCCUCGUGCGAACCAAUAUCUCCUGCUUUAUGUUCUGGACCUUCUCUCUGUAUUCGCACGAAAGUCGGACAAGAACCUGAUGACGGCGAAGAAUCUGGCGGUCAUCUUCCGACCGGCUCUUAUUGCACACCCGUCACAUGAGCUCUCACCACAAGAGCACCAGCUGAGCCAAGAUGUACUUGAAUUCCUGAUCAAGAACCAGGAUUGGUUUAUGCUCGACAUCCCUCCGCCACCAACAAUGAGGCCCUCGGACAGUGCCGUGACAGUACCGAUGACGGAACCCUCGUCAGACCUGAUGACGAGCUCAGACGAGGAGUCGGGUGGAUGGAAGUUGAUCAGCAGAGAUGUGCCCAAAGUCGGAAGGCGGCGAACCACAGCCGAGAAAUAUGCCCACGGACACCAAGAGGAUGACGGAAACCUGUCGCCCGUUGUUGAAUCACCGCCAUCGCGGUCAAAUUCAGUGGUGACAGUCACGCGAAGCCGGACGCUGCCAUCCAGCAAGUCGCGGAUAGGGGACGAGGAACGGCACGCGAAAUUGGUCAAGAAGCAGAAACGGGCAUCGGUUCAGCCUGGGCGGACGAACAGUAGCGGGACAACAAACAACGGCUAG